AUCAGGAAACCUCAAUCCCACGAGCCGCGUGUCUGCCGCUCACGACGAGAGACUCGAAGCCGUUCGACAAGCCUCUUGUGAGAUAGCCAGGAGUGGCCGUUCCUGCAAGCCGUCGCUUCUGCUGCCCCUUGCGCCUCGCCUCCCCCGUAUACUUUUGCUCUGACCGCCAGUGUCUUGGAAACUUUUCGGCUGCUUCGUCUACUAGGACUGCGUCCUUGAAAGGUGGCGACCUCACCUGAAAACACUAAAUCAUGGAGUUCGAAGACGUGCUCGAAAAACUCGGCGGCUACGGAAAGUUCCAGAAAAUGCUGGUCUGGGGAUACCUGGCGCCCGCUUCCAUCCUCAUGCCCGGAUACUUCAUGAGCCAGAUCUUCCUGCUGUCCACGCCUAAGCACGCAUGCCCCCUACCGGGCUUUGUGCGCGACACCUACAACCUAACGGCAUCCGAAACGCUGCAACUGAGGACUGCCCUGGUCAGCGAAGACAACUGCAGGAUGUUUCCGCUCUCUGCCCUCAACUCGAGUUUAGUGACUCAAAUACUGAACGGUGCAAACAGGUCGUCGUGGCACGGGACUGUCGACUUGCAGUGGGAACCGUGCAAGAAGUUUGACUACGACAAGACAUAUUACGACAGCACCGCUUCGACUCAGUGGGACCUAGUCUGCGAACGCGGUCACCUUCCAAGUCUAGUAUUCACAAUCACAAGUAUCGGAAGCGCCAUAGGAACUAUUUUCUUCGGUGCCCUAUCAGAUAAGAUCGGUCGUCGGUUCGCCUUCUUCAUCACUGUGGUGGUGGCUACCGUAUUCGGCAUCUCGUCCAUCCUCGUGACCAACUUCGUGGCUUUCGUCGUCUUGAGAUUCUUCAACGCCACCAUCAUGCCGCAGAUAUUCCAGCUCCCGUAUGUGAUACUACUGGAGCUAGUGGGGCCGAAACAACGCACGGCCAUGCUGGCCGUCGGCUGGAUGUCGUGGACUGCCGGUCUGUGCCUGCUGCCGCUGGUGGCCUUCCUGACUCGCGACUGGACGGUCCUCGGGCUCCUGUGCUCGGCAGCAGCCGCACUCAACGCGGUCUACUGGAAGCUGCUGCCGGAGUCUCCGCGCUGGCUUUUAUCGCGGAACCGUUUCGGCGAAGCCACCGACGUGCUGAAGCGCAUCGCCAGGACAAACGGCGUUUCCCCGCCCAAAAACCUGGCCGUUGACUUGGAGCGAGUCCAGAGGAAACUCGCCGAGGAAGAAAAGGUGGCUAAGUCGUCCACUGUCGACCUCAUACGGAUGUCGAAAGUCAGAAGUAACUUUCUCAUCAUCACGCUCAGCUGGGUCGCCAACGCGAGCGCGUACUACGGCAUGAGCAUCAACGUGACCAACAUGAGCGGCAACGAGUUCGUCAACUUCUUCCUGCUGGGCCUGGUCGAGUUUCCGGCCUGCGUGAUCGCCUGGUGGGCCAUGGAGAAACUGGGACGCCGAUGGAUGAACGUCCUCUUCCAGUGCAUGGUCAGCGCGUCGUGCAUCGCCUUCUGCCUCGCGCCCGAGGAUGCCCUGAUCACCGGUAUUGUCCUCGUGAUGUUCGCCAAGUUCUUUUGCACGGCGUCAGCCAUGGUCAUGUACCAGCAGGCGUCCGAAGUGAUGCCCACUCCAGUGCGCUCCUUUGCUCUGGGCGCGUCUUCGUCGGUGGCUUCGGCGAUCACCAUCUGCAUGCCCUACAUCAUCUACCUUGGAAAGUAUGGAGCCUGGAUUCCGUUUUCAGUCAUAGCCACCCUCGCAGCACUGGGAGGAGGAUUUUCCGCCUGGCUGCCUGAAACCCGGGGUUACCCUCUGUACCAGAACAUGGAGGACGCACAGAAGUUCUCUGCGAACCAGAAGUUUUUCUCUUUCAACAGGAGGCCCAAGGAGCAGCAGCCUAGUCUAGACCCCCAACUAAACGAGAAAGAGAUGAGCCUGAUCUCAAACGGUCGUCGUCCUUGAAGAGCUCUUUAGAAGUGAUACUACAAGUUCAGAGCCUAUGUGUUUUUCUUUUUCUAAGCUACCAGCGCCGUGAACUGGAACGUUCAACAUUUCAGCUCCUUGAGCUGACCCUCUGACGUCCAGCCACUGUCUAAUAGCGUUCAAUACCGAGUUUAAUAGUCUUUAUUGGUUAACUUAUAAAGCAUCAUCCGCGUAUGCAUGUUACUAAUAAGCGUCUGGCUUGAAAGACAGGAAAAGCAGUUUAAUUCACAAAAUUAUCCUACAUAGGCAUGAUUCGUCCUCGGCAAGCGUUUUCCAUAAAUUUAAGCAUCUGUGUUGACUUGGUACGUAACUGGUUCGUAAAGGUACAUAACAUCUAGCUAAACACAACGGUAUUGGUAUGAUCACCCAUUAGAUACCUACUGCCUGUUAAUAUAUUUUUUCUUUGGUUGACGUUUCAUUAUUGUGCGAUGUUAUGCAAAAGAAAUUGAAACCAACGCACAAUAAUAAUAAGAGUAUGGUAUUCAAAUUAGCCAGUUAACUUGCAGCUGCUAGAGCGCAGUAAAAGUGUUGAACGCCAGAUUGCGAACAAUGGUGAAACGAAUGCGCUGAUGAUUAUAAAUAACGGUUCUUACGAGCCCGAAUCUUACGAGCCCGAAUCAAAAAAAAAUCUUACGAGCCCGAAUCAGCUAUAAAACUUGUCUAAUAAAUUCGACUGCGAAGUCCGAAAGAUCUGCGCACCUUCGAGAUGGUCUCGGUGAUUAUUAGAAUCCAACGGCACAGUACCACCGCUUUUCUAAGAAAGCAUCAUAAAGACACUGAUUUGUCAGCAGAGUGAGUGCAGAUGUCCGUCUACUGUAGGUACUAACCUCCAAACAA